AUCAGAUGUAUGUGACAGUAUGACAUGGAGGGUCCAUGUUACCUCCUCCACCUCCUACACACUCAAAGAAAUACUUAUUAGAUCCCUAACAGAGGACACUGUCAAAAUGUUUUUGUUCUGGGUUACACUGACUCUUCUUCAUCGAGUAUCUGCACUCAUUCCAAUAACUACAGCUCAACUUGGGGGACCUGUCACCUUUACAUGUGUUCUGCCCAAAACUGAGACCGGCCGUAGAGAUAUCCACUGGUACCAGCAGAGAGCUGGUGACACACUGAAAAUUAUCUGGACACUGAAAGAAUCGGCAACACCUAAGUUUGCACCUGCGUUUGAUGACUCGAGAUGGAAGGCUUAUUAUGAUGAAAAUGUCAGCAACCUGACCAUUCUCAGAACAAAUCAAGACGACGAGGGAAUCUAUCACUGUGGGUUUACAGAGUGGCUCCAAGAUACUACAUGGACCGGAACAUAUUUGUUAGUAAAAGGAAACACCCAGACAGUAAACUACACUGUAGUUCAGGAGAAGACAGUCCAUGCAGGAAAUUCAGUGACUCUUCACUGUUCACUAUUUUCUGACGCUGAAAAUAAGACAUGUCCAGGAGGUCACCAUGUGUUCUGGUUCAGAGAAGGAUCUCAUCCUGAUAUCAUUUACACUGAAGGAAACAGACAUCAUGAUUGUGGGAAAAGAUCUGAGGCUCAGCAGAGUUGUGUUUUUCGCUCUUCUAAAAAUGUCAGCUCCUCAAACGCUACCACUUACUAUUGUGCUGUGGCCACAUGUGGGCUGAUAUUAUUUGGAAAUGGAACUAAACAAGAAAUGGCGCAAACGGCAGGUUCUGCAUUUAUUGCACUGGUGAUAGCAAUAAUCUGCUUGGUUAUUUCUCUAGUUCUUAAUGUUAUUUUCAUCUAUUGCCGAACUCCAGGAGCAGCAUGUGAACAAAUUAAAAAAAACAGCUCGUCACAAGCCAGGCAAGAUGACUUGAGCCAAACUGUGGAUGACAGUAUUGAAGGUGAACUGAACUAUGCUGCACUGCAAUUCUCUGGAAGGAAAACGACAAGAGGAAAGAAGAAGAAGGGUGAACUGGAAACUGAAGAAAGUGUGUACUCUCAAGUAAAAUGCAGAAUGUGAAAGUGUGUCGGUUGGGUUACAGCACUGAUCUUUUAUAUUGAAAAUAAACAAAUACAAAGAAUUUUUUACUAAUUUUACCAAAAACAUGAUGCUUUACAUUCAAUGUUCCUAUUGUGUUUUCCUGUUCUUGUUUUCCAGGUUAUUUGUUUAUAAUAUAAUGAAUCAAAUCAAAUGAAUAGUAUUACAUUGUAUUACAUACAGAGUAUACAUAGUAUUACAGUAGUGCAAUAUUAUCAUGAUGGUUUCAUCACAUUGAUUCAGUAAUUUCAGCCUAAUAGUUCAAUCAGUGCCCCCACCUCAACAUUCAAAUGCCUAUAACAAAAAAGCUGGGAUAAGGUUUCGUUCACACUUUACUCUUAUCAACAUUUAUUUAGGCUCACAAUUUUUAUUUCAGUUUUUAGCAAUUUAACUUCCACAAAAAGAUGGAUUGUAUAGUCCUUGUUAGUUUGCAUUAUCUGAUCCAACUCUUUGUACAGGUGUAAUCCUGGAUAUGUUGAACAUUCUUUGCAGUUCACCCUUCUAUUGGUGUUGAUUGAAAUAGAAAAUUUACAUACUGAGUUGGUAAAGUAUUAUUUUAACUUGGGACUGGCUGCAGCUCCGGAAGCAAAGCAGGACAUCUACUAAUCUGCAUGUCAAAUAUCCUUGGGCAAGGUGCUAACCCCAAGUUGUUCUCCGAUCCAUCCAUUAGAGUAUGAAUGGGUGAAUAAAAAUGUUGUACAAUUGUUUUUGAGUGCUUCAGGACAGUACAAAAGCGCUAUAUACGAAUCAGCCUAUUUGCCAUCUAACUUCUCCCUGAGCACAAUCAUGAGGUUGAGAUGUUUGAUUCUGAAUAAAUGAACCCAGUCUGUUAAAUGAUUUGCCAUAGGAUUUGCUCCAUAAAAUUAACAUUAGAUAUUUCUUGUACUACAUACACUAAAUUGCCAAUAGCAUUCACUUUUCUGCUUUCACACAGAUAUGAAGUGACAUGCCAUUUUUAAUCUACAGGGUUCUUAGUACUGACUUUCUAAAGCUCUGCCUCGUGAUGCUCCUGCCUACAUCUCUGAUCUUUUAGAACCCCACGCUCCCUCUCGCAGCCUGAGAUCAUCUAAUCAAAGGCUUUUGGUUGUACCAUAAACACGUUUUAAGACCAGAGCAGAUGGAUCUUUUACAGGGUGGCACCCAGGUUGUGGAAUGCUUUGCCUUCGUCUUUACGUUGCCUUGAUUGUGUUUAGCUGCUGUUUAAAAGAUUAAAGACUGAUUUAUUUAGACUGGCUUUUAACUAGAGUUGUGCUGUAUGAUUGUGUUGUUUUACGUACAUUUAUAUUAUUGUGAAGAACUUAUCCUGUGAAGACUGCUAUAUAAAUAAAGUUAUUAUUAUUA